GCUGGAACACGCCAAGCGCGCGUGGCCUAAUGGGAUAUACUGCAAGUUGCUCUCUGAGCUGUGUGUAUGUAUCUUGUUCUUUUGCGAUUGUCGACUGAAUUACGUCCAGAAAAGCGAUUAACCAUCUCUCGAGCUUCUGCACCGCCCUAAAAAGAGCUGCAAAUAAGUGCAAGGCAUCCACAGCUCGCAAGAUGGCUGAAGAAUGCGCGGAAAACAGAUUCCAUCGCCCGUUUGCGCGCUAGCUAGAGGAAGUAUUCGCCGGUUACCCCUUGCGGCCAUGUAAUUGUACGUCAAAUAGUUCAUUCACUUGAUCUGGUUUUCUCCGAGAUUCAGCGUUUCGUUCUGUCGCCAAAAUGAUGUGCGAUAUAAUGCCUACGAUCUCUGAGGACCCGCCAGAGAUUCAGUAUGGGCAAAAUGAGGAGACAAACUUCGAGCAACUUAUGGUUAAUAUGCUCGACGAACGGGACAAGCUGAUGGAAACUCUUCGCGAAACUCAAGAUUCGCUGGGGCUCACAAGAGCAAAGUUAACAGAAUGUCAAAAAGAGAAGGAUGGUCUGAUGAGUCACUUGGAAACUGUGCUAAAUGAUGGUGAUGAUCAACUAAUUGAAAGACUAGCUGGUCUAGAUGGGAUUAUUACGGAGUCGGGCAAUAAUUUGAAAGAAGAAUCUGGCAAAAAGAAUCGAGUUCGAGUCCUAGCUGAGGACUUUGCAACAAUGCUGAAGGAGCUAAACCAAGCCAGGGAACAACUUUUAGAAAAGGAUGAGGAGAUCAGUGAACUGAAGUCUGAGAGAUGUAAUACAAGACUUCUCUUGGAACAUCUAGAAUGCCUAGUAGCACGGCAUGAAAGAUCACUAAGAAUGACAGUUGUUAAACGACAAGCAGCCACAACAGGAGGAGUAUCUUCAGAAGUAGAAGUUCUCAAGGCUCUUAAAUCUCUCUUUGAACAUCAUAAGGCUCUAGAUGAAAAGGUACGGGAAAGACUACGACAAGCUGUAGACAAAAAUAAUGCACUUGAAGCAGAACUUGAAGAAACACGAGAAAAGCUCAAAGAGCUUGAACAAGAAAAUGAAGACAUCAGACUGCGGAAUCUUAGAAGAGUAAGAACUGAAGAAAAACUUCAUACAUCAAGUGAAAACUGUCUAGAAAAUGGGGACGAGAAUUCUAAUGGAGAGAAGCAUCUUUCCAACGGACCAGUUAGUGUUGAUGUGACUGCACAUGAAGAGCAAAUGGAAGAGAUGCAGUUCCUCUUGGAUAAGAGGACAAAGGAAGUGGAGCGGCUCACAAGAGAAAACAAGGACUUGAAAGAGAGAUGUACAACACUUGAAGAAGAAUUACGAAUAUGUAAUAAACAGCUUGACAGAGGAAAUGCCUCCAUUCAAAGACUAGAACGAGAUUUAGAUGAGGCAGCAGCACAGAAAUCAGAUAUGGAGGAUAGAGUGGCAACCCUUGAGAAGCGUUAUGUACGACUUCAACAUGAGGUCACUGCACUGAAUGAUGAUAAUGAGAGACUGGAAACUGAACUUGCCAGCAAAGAAAGUGAACUUAUCCAGGCUGAAGAGAAAGUAAGGUGUCAGCAAGAAAAACUAGAACUAGCAGAGCAGAACCUGAACCAGUCUUUACGAAAAGCUGAAGCUUUACCCAAAAUAGAAGAAGAGUUAGCUGUUCGAAUGGCAGCUUUAAAUGAGGCUGCAGAGAAACAAGGCACAGCUGAAGAGACUGUUCAACAACUACAGAGCCAGGUUAAGGACUUACAAGCAGAGCUCAACAGGGCACGUGAAAGAGAAAAGAUGAAUGAAGACCACAACACAAGAUUGUCUAAUACAAUUGAUAAACUGUUAGGCGAGUCUAAUGAGAGAUUACAGGUGCACCUUAAGGAGCGCAUGACUGCAUUAGAGGAGAAGACUGCUUUGAAUCAAGAACUUACAGCAGUGAAAUCACAAGUAGAAGAUCUUCAAAGAGAAAAGGAAAUAUUAGCUCUAGAACUUGGAAGACUGAAUGAAGAAUUUGAAAAAAUUAAAUCCAAGGGUCCUACCAAUGCAGCAGUUAAUGGUCCUGUUGUAAAGUUCAGUGAGCCAAUCAGGCGAGAGACAAAAGGUCGCGCAGGAAUAGAGGAUGCACCAAGUAGGGUCUUUACACUAAAUGAACAAGAAUGGCAGAAACUGGAACAGGAAAGUGUUCUUAAGAAUGUUGCUAUGGCUUUUGACACUGCUAAACUUUCAGACAUUGAAAGUGAUGCUGGAAGUGAUAUAUCAGAAGAAAGAGGUGUUAGUGGUGAUGCACAGACCUUAGCUUCCCUACUACAACAGCAGAUAGAUAUUAUUAACAAGGAACUCAAUCAAUUACAAGAGGAACACAAAUCAACAGAAAGAAGAGCCAUUGUACUUGAAAAUACUGUAACAAAGAGUCCAAGGCAUCAAGAUGUGUAUUCAGCUAAUUCUCAACAGGAGUUGGUUGCAUCCUCUACAUCAUUUCCUUUUCCUCCUCUGGAUCCAAUGGAUACAACACCAAUCUGGGUCAAGUCAAGCAAGGAAGGUUCACUCAACACCCUAGAUGAUGCACCCACUCCUCCCACACCCAGUUCAGGUACAUCAGAUUCUACAGAGAGUUCCAAACCCAGUCAGAGUGGUGCAAACUCAAGUCCUUUACAUGAUCAUGCAAGCACUGUUCCAUCUACCAAUGGCAUGAUGAAAUUAAGGGACAGCUCAGUAGACUCAUUACCAAGUGCAACAAGCACCACAAGCAGUGCAGAGUCUCUAUCAAAGAACAGCAAAGGCAAGAAAGGGAUCAAAGGAUCAUUUGGACGAAUUUUUAAAACAAAGACUAAAAAUAAGGACAGCACAGGUGUCCUUACAGACUCUUAUUCGCUCCCUAACGAAUCUGUACAAGGAGGGAGUGGACAACGUGAGUUAGACAGGCGAAUAAAAAAUAAAUCACACUUGUUAGCAGAGGCACUAGAAGCUGGGACACCAUUUGCUUUGUGGAAUGCACCUACAGUUGUGGCAUGGUUAGAGUUGUGGGUAGGCAUGCCAGCCUGGUAUGUGGCAGCUUGUAAAGCAAAUGUGAAGAGUGGAGCCAUAAUGUCGGCUCUGUCAGAUACAGAGAUUCAACAUGAAAUUGGAAUAUCCAAUCCACUUCAUCGACUUAAGUUGCGGCUCUCCAUUCAAGAAAUUGUCACCCUCACAAGUCCCUCCUCACCUACCACCAACAGAAAUUCUCUUGUUUAUGGCGAAAUGAACCAUGAUUGGGUUGCAAAUGAAUGGCUGCCAAGCUUAGGUCUUGCUCAGUACAAGGGCACUUUUCAAGAAUGUUUAGUAGACGCACGAAUGCUGGAACACAUAAGCAAGAAAGAAUAUCAAAAAUAUUUGAAAGUAGUUGAUGGCUUUCACAGACACAGCUUGCAGUGUGGUGUCAAAUGUUUAGGAUUUAUGAAUUACGACAAAAGGUUACUAGAGAAAAGGAGACAAAUGUGUGCUGAUGAGGUUAAAGAUGUACUUGUUUGGAGCAAUGAGCGUCUAAUAAGUUGGUUAAAGAAGAUUGGCUUAGCUGAGUAUGCUGAUAACUUACAUGGCACAGGGGUACAUGGAGCAGUGAUUGCGCUGGACGACACUUUUGACUGUAAUACUUUGGCCUAUGCUUUACAAAUACCCAGUCAGAAUACACAGAUUCGUCAAAUACUUGAGCGAGAAUUCAACUGGCUACUGGCGAAUGCUACUGACAGAGAAACUGUUGAUGAACUUGGCAAUGGCGGCGAUUUUAAACGGUCCAAAUCUUGGAGGAAGAUGUUUAAACAAAGAGAUAAAGGCAAAGACAAGAACAGAGAUAAGGAGGCCAAUGCGAGAAAAAAUUCGUCCGGCUCAGAAUCAUCGCUGAGCCAGUCAAGUGUGAGUUCGUCUCCAAAACCCUCAGCCAAGAAUACAAAAAACAACUUAAUCGGCGGCGACACAAAAAGUACAGAAGGUGGUUCAGCGAUCACAAGUAAUAGCCUUUCUUAGCAAUUAUACAACAAUACACAUUAGCACGUAAACAAGUGUCGAAUUACAGUGGCUUAUUGUAAUUAGCCAGUAUACAACAGCAUGCUAAAUUAUAGAUAAAACUUUAUUUUCUAAUUUGAACAAGGUAAACUAUGCUAUCUAUGGUUUGAGUAUCACCUAAUUUUUAUGAAAUUGUAUCAAAAGAUUUAUUAUGCCAAGGAAUUGGCUUGGGAAUGAGUUGCGGACUGACCGUGCAAAAUGUUUUCUGGUUUGUGUAGUAUUGGCAUUUCCUUGCCGUUUUGUACAUGUAAUUUUCCAUGCCUGACUUGUGAAUAUGAUUGAUAAUUCUGUCAGGAUAAUAAGUUAAGGGACAAGUGUGUGCAUACACCAUUCAUGGUGGUGCUUGUAGACUUGAUUGUCUGGUUUUUCGGUUUUGAGCUCCCCACUGGUGAAUUACGCAUAGAAGACGUUUACCCGAAGGAGAGCUCAAUUUUCUCACUUCAGAAGUUAAAAUGAAACAUAUUUACAAUUUGGGUGGGUCGGGGUGGUUCAGGGGGUUUGAUUAGUAAUUGUUCUCACCCAGGUCAUUAAAGUCUACUUGCACUUUUAGAAACAUCAAUGUGCACAUUUUGAGAAAAUUUUUUAAUGAAUUGAAAUAAUAGUGAUAAUAACAAUUUUGCUGUUUCGAAUUGAAAUGAAUAUAGAAUUAUUUCUCAUCAGUGUGGGAAAUAUUGUUUCGUAACGUUUGACCACAUUUAGCUUAUUUCUGUUUGUGACACUUAGAUGUUUUGCAGUACUUUUUAUAGCAAGGGUUGAAUUUUGGGUCGAGUAACACUUUCGAUGAUCAGCAAACUUACUUUGAGGAACCAAUCUUAGAAAAUUUGGAAAGUGUGUCUGGUGAAGCUGGACUCCCUUCAGCCAAUCAGAGGCACUUUAUCUCCUCAACGAAAGCCUCAGAGAAGCGAGGCAAUUGACAUAUUCUUAUGCUUCAAGUAGAUUUUGAUCAAGCUUCUGACCUUAGCUGAAUAAUUUUGAAUAAGGCGUCAAGAUUUUGUAUACAGAAAUGCGAAAUGCUCUUAAAGCUGUUCAAUUUAAUGAAAAUAAUUGCCUUGAAUACUUAUACACCAGAUAUUAAUGACUUUGCAUAUGAAUGGAACCCUAAACCUCUUUGUAAAGCUAUCAGCACGUAGAUUUUCCCUGCUGUUAAAUUUAUUACCAAAACGCUGAAAAUGUCAAAUAAUCGCUUGAACAAGUCAGCUGCAGUCGUUUUCUUUUUUACGCAUUCUUCGACCUUAUGAAAACUCACUGGAAAUAGAUUUCCGUCUAUGAAAGCUUGCUGUGAUAACACCAGCCUGACAGCAGAUAUGCGAAGAUGAAAGAUUUAGUAUCACUUCGUAAUUUACAUCAAUUCGGUGAACUGUAAAUGAUGGACUUUUCAAAUUUAUCUUAAUUAUCUUUAUCUUUCCAGUGAAAUUUGAUUCCUAAGGCAAAAUACAUGGUGGAAUGCGACAGUAAUUUUUUCCACAACUUAGAGAUAAGUUUUGCCAGUUGUUUUAUUAUUAUCAUAGUAAGCAUCGAAAUAAUGGAUACCACUUAAAAGCAAUGCUCGGUACCUUUCAGUUGAUUUUAUCGCGAGAGAGUGGCAUCCAAAGAAAUUAAAUGACCUAGUGACGUGGGAGACAGUUAUAUUGAAAGUUACUUAUAACUUAAAAUUGGUCCUUUUAUUGUCUUUAUUCUUUUAUGUAUCAGAGCCAGGAAAAACAAUGUUCAAUCCGACUAUAUCUGAACUGACAUUCAACAGGUCCGCAUUAGGUAUUUUAAGCAAUACAUGCUUAUUCCUUACUAGUAAUAACAAAGGCCGGUCUAAGGCAAUUUCGCACGAGGCUUGCAAAGCGGCGUCGCUCACGAGGAGAUUUAAACAGGUAAUUGCAUUACUCGUGUUUUUACUGCAGUUUCGUCAAAUACUUAUUACCAAAAAGGUUGGAUCUGGAUCUGGCUGGAUCUUAUAAAUUCGAAUUUGUUCGUAGUAUAGCUCUGCGACCAGUUAUUGGGGGCAAAUGGAAGCUAAGAAUAGCUCUGUUACGGAUGAAGCAUCAUUUUGCCGGUAAUGGUUUUACAGGAAGCAUUAACCGUCAGUAUUUAUUUACAAAUGAGAACAUCGUUCUUUGUUUUUGUCACUAUAUAUCAUUUGUAAAAUACGAAAAUCAACAACGUUGUUAUCUGUAAUGUAUAUGUAACCAAAUAUCAGGAUAUUGAAAUACAGUUAUAUUUUAUUACUAA